AUGCUGCUUUGCACAUUGAAUUACAAUUACAUGAGGGCCGGCCCCGUGGGCGGGCCGCUGGAACCGACUGGGGAACCGACACACAGUUUGAUAGGAACGGAAAUAGAAUCAUUGAGAAGAAGUAUGCAGUCAUGGCAGGCCGACAUCUGCCUCGCCUAAUAGCAGCCAUCAACGCAAAGUGGUCUUGCAUGCCCAACCAUACAUCCGACUAUGCAUUUCCAAUACCUAUUAAUCACAAUAGUGUUCGAAUUCAACACUACGAGCAAAUACUAUGGUGAACAUGUCCCAUGGCAAGCAAGGCGCUUGGCAGACCUCGCGAAAGGCUUGCGGCAAUUCCAUUUCGCCUACCUGUACGAUCGAAUAGUAUCCUUCGGGUAUCCGCCGCCUAAGAUUGAUAUUUACUCCCGGGAAAUAAUUGUUCGUGGGCUUGAUGAUGAGAAGAGUAAGGAGUUGAUAGAAUCAUCGAACCUCCCUCCCAUGACUCCAGAGGAAUGCAUUCAGGAAGCGCGAAAGCUCCAAGACAAGGGCGACCUUUUAGCUAGCCAAGGAUUCUAUAUGGAUGCUUUAUCAACAUAUCGGCUGUCUAUCUUCGUCAUGACCGGUGAUCGUUUUCCUGAACCCCCUCGGAAUAAGGGAAGGAUUCGUACCUUGGAAAUGGUUUCAAUACUGACUGGAGAUUUCUUGGGUGCCUGGAAGAUGUCGCGAAAACUAAUUCUCACCAAAGUAGAAUGCAGACAACUCGACGGGUUACUGCACACUGCAUGCAUUUUCUUCGCGAAUCCCCAAGGUCAUACGUUGGAGGAGUGUAACGAGUUUCUCGACAAAUAUUCGUCGGAUUUCCUUCAAAAUGAUCAUUUUUUUUUGCUUGGGGGCUCUUACAAAGCAGCGCACACGGCGCACCCUGAGGUUGGAAAAUUUUGGACUUUGUUCCUCAGAGUCCUGGCAUUGCAGGAGCGAGCGAAAUAUAACCCAAGCGAAGAUAUCACAGAGCUGAAGAAUACCUUCUUUGAAAUCGAUUAG